UCAGAUCCAUUCACUCUGAUACAUUCACGCUGAAAGUUUGUUUUCGAGGGACGCUUGUGACGCUUGUGACAUUUGGGACGUUUGGGACGCUUAGUUGGACGUCCAUUUUGGUGUUAUUCAUAGUACAAAAUUUAUUUGUGAUCACAGGACCCAUCGUUUCCUAUAGUUUCUCUAUUAAUUACCAUGGGAAGGAAUAAACAAGCACAACGAACGAAAAACAAUGCAAGACCAUCAAAUAGUAGCAGAAGUGCGGAAUUUCUGGGUACUGCUGUGCCCAAAUUUGUUGGUUUCUCAGCAGUGAACGAUGGUGGUUAUGUACCUAUAUUGCCGGGUUUAUCCUUGUGUAGUAAAAAUGAGAUUGAAAUGAAUAAUGUGGAUAAUAACUUUCAAAUAGUAUUAAAAAAAAUGAAUAAGAAAGAUGCAACAACAAAGUGUAAGGCAUUGCAGCAGUUUGCGAUCCUGUGUAAAGAGUUUGAAUUGUCAGUUGUGGAAGGAAUGUUACCAUUCUGGCCUAGAUUGUAUUGUGUUUUAGCUAUAGAUGUUGAACACAGAGUAAGAGAAGCUACACAGCUAGCUCAUGCUGCAGUGGUAAAGCGCGUAGGCAGAAAUAUAGCCAUGUAUUUAAAACAAUUGGCAGGAGCUUGGUUUACUUCACAGUACGAUACUUAUGCUCCAGCUGCUUCAGCUGCUACCAAUUCAUUCAAUGACACAUUUCCUCCAAAGAAAAUUGUUGAUGCUAUUGUACACUGCCAACAUGAAAUUCUGCUAUAUAUCUGUGAUAAUAUUACUGUUCAUACAGCACAGUCUUUAUCCCUACAAAAGAAUCUUGCGAUAGAGGAAAUGGAAGCAAAGUAUCAAAGGGUGCUUGUAGCUAGUUUACAGGGUUACAGUUCUUACUUGAGGAAGGUUCCCAAAGAAGAAAUUGAUAAGACGUUAGAUAUUCAUUAUAAAAUUAUAAGAAACAACAAAUUCUGGAAGCUGAUCAAGUACGACGCACUACCCGUAAAGACAGCAUUCUUUAAUGUGUUAACAUCACUAAUCGAUAACGCUAAUAUACUGCUACAAGAAGAAAAGAAACGAACUGUAACUACAAUUAUGAACAACUUAGAUGAAACAGAACCUUCACUUGUGUCUGCUGUUUGGGAAUCCAUGCUUGUUGCCAUAAAUAAAAUAGAGGACUGGUAUAUGGUUAUAAGCAUAGAGAAGCUGGUUUUACCAAAAUUGUGGCGAGUUCUACGAGGUGGAGGACAAUAUUCGGCCAGCAUUGUGUACCCAAAUCUGCUGCCACUUAUGAGCCAGUUCCCCAAGUUCAAUAUCGACGUUCAGAACUUGUACUCGAACUUCUUCAAUAAUAUGCGACAGGGACUUUCCGCAAAAAGCGUGCAAACGAGCCGAUCAGAAAUGUUUGCUGUGAUAACAUCGUUCAUAGAAUGUCUACGAUAUUCGAUUCUGCUAAACGUUCAGAAUAGAGCAUUGUCUGUGAUGCUUCUUAAAGAACAGCUGAUCCCAGUGAUAGGAACAUGUUUGAAGGAGAACAGCCCGAUGAAACAGAUUCUUUUCUGCGAAAUUGCACAGCUAGUGCGCUAUUGGAGCAAGAACCGACAAAAUGAGAAUCUCAAAUCCUACAUCUACUUGAUGGAACAAUUUUGGUCUGAAUUAAACUCGUUGUUCGACUUACUGAUAGACAUGUCUCAAAAUUCGGAGACUUUUAAUGUUCCAGACACAAACAAUUCUCAGAUCGAAUUCUUAAUUGCACUGAAAGAAGUGCCCACGCACAGUCGUAAGAAUCUGAAAGUGAAAUUUCCUGAUCCAGAAGAGGGCAUCAAAUUAGAACUUCGAGCACCGACGAUGGACGUUAAUGCGGAGGAUCCAGAAUUAUUAAAAGAACUGAAUAAUUUUGUCACGUAUCUUUGUAUCAAAUACUUCGAUAAAAUCACGGAACAACGUACUCAGAAAUACGUUACGUAUUUAAACAAACUUAUCACGUGUUUCGAGAAUGAGAAAUUAUUCACAAGUUUGUCAGAAUCAUUGAAAACGCAAAUCAACUUCCUCAGUUUCUACGAUCAAGUUUUGAGGGUUUGGCUGUUGGAGCAAUCGAUAGAGACUGUGCACAUUGUAGAAUUAAUAUUCAAUUUUGUUACUUAUAUGAACGACUCUGAGAAAGAUGAAGUUUUGAAGUCGCUUACAGAGUUUGAGGACAUUGCAACUACAAGAAGCGUGAUACAUUGCGCUUUAUCGAAGAAGCAUAGGAAUGAUACAAUAAUACGGAAAUGGUGUUCGCAAUCGAAAAUAACUGGUUUAUUGAUAGACAUAGCGAAGGAGAUUGCUGCAGGAAACUAUUCUGAUCUCGAGCAAAAUAGGAAUUUUAUUUUACUGGCCUUCGAAUCUUCCAAUAAUGACAAUUUGCUGAUCGAAGAAUGCCGAAUCAACGAAGUUGUGUCCAUUCUUUGUGACUCAAUUAACAGUGUAGAUGAAACCCGUUUAAUAGAUUUCGCGCAACUAAUUUCUAGCAUUGUUUCAUUGAUAUGGACUCACGAGGAAGCAAAAUUAGGAGCUGUACGAGUGUUAGAGACACUGUUCGAAUUAUGCACUCGGGACUAUUUUACUGCUGAUCCUACUUGUAUCGAUGAAAUGAGGGAUGUGUGGAAAGAUGGUUUGAUGGAAGCCAUUCAAAAGCUCUCUGAACUGGAAUUUAUUCAGCUUACUAAGAAAUUUGCAGCCAUAAUGUGGAGAAAGAUAUACAACUCGAAUGAAGAACAAACUAAUGAGAUAUUGUUGGACAUUGCAAUGGAUUUCCUUGAAAUUAUUUUUAAAAUUAAUGAUCAGCCUCACGUGGAUAAGAGUUAUAUAGAAAAAAUUAUUUUAACAUUCUUCUAUGAUUCUGACAUAUACACGUGGAUGGCUGCAGUGUCGCAAAUUGUUGUCUAUGGAGAAGUAAUUACUGGAAGUUUUAUGAAUGGACGGCUUGAUGUUCAGAAUAUGUUAACUAGUGAUAUAGUAACAGACAACACCGAAGGGGUCUUGAAAUGGGCAUUGUUUACUACGAAUUUUUGGAAAAAUAUAUGCUUAAUUAAAGAGGAAUCACUAAUACAAAAUGUUAAUUUGCCAGGAAUUAUAAAUAUAUUAACGGAUGUUAUAUAUUCAAUUUAUUUAGGAGAAACAUAUACAAAACAUUAUAAAUCUACGAAAUGUUAUAGUAAUGUUAACAAGAUGUUAACUAUAGUUGGAAGCAGUUUUAAGCAGUUGGAAGUAUAUAUUAAUGAAGACACCCGCAAGAAGAUUCGGUCAUUCUAUUUGAGUGAAAAAUCCGACAGAGUAUUUGGAGCUCACCAGAUUCCAGAUAGAUUGAAAACCAGUGAAGACACGGACACAGAAAAAGACGACGACAUUAACAAAGUAGUGCUAGCUUCUUACAAAGUAAGAAAUAUGCUUCCUAAUCAAGAUGAAAAUUCAAGCUACUCAAGCAUUUUGGAAAAGAUAAUGUCCUACGAGAAAGACAAUCCUGCUUUGUUGCUUUUCAAUUGCGACAUUUCGAAAACCUCGUGGGAGUCGUUAGUGCUACCGUUGGAAGUUAUUUCACUGUUGACAAAAUUAGUAACAAUAGUACCGUCCGAAUUAACCAACGAACAAUGGAACUUUAUUUUAAUAUCAUUAGCCCUGUGGCAACUUUCCAUUGGCAAAUCGAAGUCGCACAUUAGUGAUAUUAAGGUAGAUGCGCUGACAGUCUAUACUUGUCAGCUGUAUCAUGCUGUGCAAAAUGCAAUUAACAAUCACGAUCAAGUACCUUCAACGUUACUGGACGAGUGGAAUAAUGUACUCGCAGGCGAUAUCCAAAGUGCAAUUGCUCAAACCUGGAUGUCUUAUGCAGAAUGGCAUAAUGAAAGAAAAACAGAUUUGAGAUGCGUCGUAGUGCUGGAUCGCAUAGGAAAAGCGGUAACUGCUUUGAAUGGAAACGUACUGCUAAAAAAUCAGGCAAUCACGUCCCCAGCCAUCGCUGUCGAUUUAAAGAAAACAGUACAACUAUGUCUGAAACUGUUACAGUCACCUAUAACCAGUAUUCAAUUAGGUGCAUACCAUUUACUGAAACAUACUGUCUCAGAAUUGGUGGAACAGGACAAAGUUACUGUCGAGUUAGAAAAUUUUGAUGUAAAUAACCUAAAUAUUAAGAAAAUGGAGGAAGUGCUUAGGAAUACGCAGAAUAUUGUCAAUACCAUCUUAAUGGAAUUCAAAUUAUGUGACACAGUCAGCUGUACUAUACAACCUUAUACAGACUCUUAUACGUACACUGUGGGCUAUUUACUGUUGUGGGCAAUUAUUUUGGACAUGUGUGCUAAUGCUCAUGGGGAUCUACUUUAUCAGUACGCUGAAGCUCUCAAAGAUAAUUAUUUCCCUAGUUUGUUAAAUAAUAUCUUCAGGCUAAUGCCAGUGGAAGUUCUUCAGGACAACAAGAAUAAAGGUGCAAAGCUAACUGAGAUCUUUUCCUUGGAACCAUCCCUUGAAUUUGGAGAAAGUUGGACAGAAUGGAGACUGGAUCACAUAGUCUGUUGGUUAUAUAGAAAUAGUCUGAGACAUUUACCAGUGUUAGUGAGACAGUGGUGGAGCGCGUCCGACAGCAGAGUCAGCGCGGCUGUUGACAAGAUUACGACUCACUAUGUUAGCCCCAUGCUGUGUCAUGAACUUCUCAGCAACAAACCACAGAACAUAGAGAACAUACAAGUGAAGGUGCACCCGGUUUUCCGUGAAGUGAUAGCGCUGUAUCAAAUGAGCGAUACUAAAUUGGAACUGAACAUCACGCUGCCACCGAAUCAUCCUUUGGAACCGGUCACAGUGGAGCCUGGCCAACACGCGGGUGGCACUGCCAAUUGGAGAAACUGUCACAUGCAGCUAGCAAUAUUCCUCACGCAUCAAAAUGGAUCCGUGUGGGACGGUCUAGCGUUAUGGAAGAAAAAUUUGGACAAGAAGUUCGCCGGGGUCGAAGAAUGCUACAUAUGCUUCAGUAUUUUCCACUCAAGCUCCUACCAAAUACCGAAAUUAUCCUGUCACACGUGCCGCAAGAAGUUUCACACUGCUUGUCUGUACAAAUGGUUUAGUACCAGUCAGAAGGCAACCUGUCCAAUAUGCAGGAACGUGUUUUAGUUAGCUUGAAUUAUUUAAAGAAGAAACUUUGUACAUUUGUUGAAGUCGUUGUUAGAUUGCGGAUCCUUGAGCAUCGAUUAAUUUAGAAAAUAGAAAAAUAAGUCGUUACCGAUAUUACUUAUUUGAUUCCGGUUAUUAUAAAAUUAUUUGCACAGAGAUCCGCAGUCUAGCUACCAGACUUGUGUCUAUAAGUAAAGAGAACCGACAGUUGGUACUCCGUACGCAAAUUUUGCAUCGUGUAGAUUAUAUAUAAUGUAAAUUAUGUGAAAUAUAAUAUAUUAAUAAACGGGUAUUUACAACUUC